AUGGGCGGAGGUUACGUCUAUUCACCACCAGCUUACCAACCCUCGUACUCUUCGUCAUACUCGAGUUAUCCUGGGUACUCUGGCUAUUCUGGGUACACUGGCUAUCCUGGUUACUCAGGAUACUCCAGCUAUGGGCCUCGUCCUUAUUACAACUAUGGCAACGGUAAGUUAACUUAAAGUUUUAUGUUCAACUUUUUAAAAUUGAAUUUUUAUUUUGAAAGAUGAGUAAGCAAACUACUAUAAUAUAUGAUAAUUGUAUGUCACAGAAGUCUAGCAUUAUAUUCUUUUGCACCUUUGAAAAAAAGUUUUUUGGAAAUAUUUAUCGAUAUUAAGGGAAACAGUAAGCAAUCAUGAACAAAAGUAAACAAUCUUUUCGUACCUAAAAGCAGGAUUGUGAGCAAUCUGAUCCUUGAUGUUUUACAUUACAAAAAAGUAUUUUUUACACUUUAAAUGUCCUAAAUGGCACUUCUAGAAGUUAUUUUAUGUUGUUGUAGGUAAAAGUACUUUAUAUUUGAAUUAUUUCUUAAUCAAGCAACCUUUUGUGACCUUGCUAUUAAACUGUAACAGUAGUAGCAAUGGCUUCAAACUGUAAUUUUGUUUUUAUGUUUUUCGUUUCAGCUCGGUACAACUACAACUAUGGCAAUGGCUACUAUUACUACUACUAA